ACUAUUAUUUUACUAUAGGAACUGUUCAUCAUAUUCUACUUUAAUUAAGUUAAGGCAUGCUUAUUUAAUUGUUUUUUUGCUGCUUUAUUAGACUUAUUUGAAUUUUAUUUUGUUUUUAAUUUUAUAUUAAAUUAUUAUCCUUCAUCUAAUAAGUUCAUAUCUAACUCAUUAUUACCAAUUCCGAAUUCCGAAGAACCUAUUGGAUCCCUGGGCUGAAAUUUCAUAUUGGCAUUAUUAACAUAAAAUGCUUUACAAAGUCACUUGCUACGCUCAUAAGAAAAUAUAUCUUUCAACAAAUAACUAAUUAUAUGAUACAAUUAUAAUAUGCAUGUAAAUAGGUAUAUUCAGUAAAAAUACGAAUGGAAUAAUUGAAAAGUGGUCACUUCUCGAUUUUCUAAAUUGUAGUAAAUACUGGUGAAACUCCUAGGUGAGACUCUACAGUGAAUGGUAUAGAUUUGGAUUUAAACUUCAAUCCAUAAACACUAUAUCAUCCAUAAUCCACAAAACAAAAAUGUUUAUACUAUUUUGAACAAAAUGUGGGUGGGUAGGUAGGUUUGAUGGAUAACCAGUUACCGCCGCUGCUAUACCGUAUUAAUUUUUUUCGUUCAUCAGUUGUGCGCCCGAGUUUGAUACGAAAUAAUCGUGUGUGUGUUGAAUUUAUAUACAAUAGCUCCAAAAAAUACCCAGACGCGGAUUCUCACAAUAUAAGCGUGUGUAAUGUUAUACAACUCUACUCAAUAACAAAAUUCCCCGUUUUACUACGAUUAACGGUUUUCGUUAUCCUCCAUUUCCGACUGAUUUACUGCCUCUCGAUCCCAUCUCUGAGCGAUUAGUGUCACCGCGUCUUCCAUUUAUGCAAAUUCAUCGACUGCGUUUCAUGCAUGGUUCAAAAGGUAUCGCCGGGCAAGUAAACAACAUCGAGUAGAGGAGAAUAGAGUAGACAUUCCAGUGGACGUUAACACGAAGAUUUCGGAACUACCUCGCCAACUGGAUGACAAUCAUGCGUUCAAUGUUCACAUUAAACGACAUUUAAUUUAAUUAAUUAAUCGACCUACUUAACGGGCUAUGUGAAAAAGUUGGAAGUAAAUAUGUGGCUCCGAUUUCUCGUCACUAAAACAUUGUAUCACAUAAACGGAAUUCAUAUUAACGAGUCUUUAUACCGCGGGUAUAAUAAUUCACCCGCUUUGAUUCCCGUUUCUGAAGCAGAAUCUAAUACGUCUAGCAAACCUAUGAUCGAACCCAUUCCCGAAAACCCAACGCACGUUUACCAUCUCUUACUCUCGAAGCAGCAAACGUUGAUGUGGAGUGAGGAUAAGUAUCUCGAGCUUGCGCUCGAUAUGAACAAACAUCAUCUUUCGCUUUUGUUCGACGAACAUGCCGAAGAGCUCUUGUUCCCGUCCAUUUACCUGGGUAAACCGCGUAAAUCUACGAUCUACGGCAUUACACCGUAUAUAAUGUCUACUAGCAAGAUCCGUCGUUCCGAUCAUCGCGGAGUCAAGCCCGAACACUUUCUCUGCAUGGCAAUGAAAGUGAUGCGAAUGCAAUUGACAGAAAGCAUGUUUUGCACUUUUCAAAAUAACGACAACUUAAAGAAGCUGACCCGCGAAAACGUCGAAGAUAAGCAGUUUAUUGACAGCAUGAUCGAGUGUAAUCUGGCAUUCUUAAAAUCGAUUCCCAAUAGCGUGCGAUAUUGGAUGGCUAAAAAAAAAGACGUGUUUGCGAUGAUUCGACAGCUCAGAAGUUCCACGAUUUUCCUCACUUUAAGCGCAAUUACUUUAUAAAUUUUAGAUGGAAAAGGAAUGGGCCGGCGAAGGUGAUCUAGCCACUUCAAUGAGAACUGAUGUCAGCCGGACAAUACUGCGAAGCGAUGCGACGAACAAAUCAAAGACGGCGUGAUCUCGCACUCGAAGCUAUUGAUCGCAUCUUUGCGGAUGGAAACGUACAAUUGCUUCUCGCAGCAUCACAACAAUGCGUUCAACGAGUACGUUGCUUCCGCUUUGACUGGCAUCGCUGCGUCCACGAUCAAUGGAACCGCGGUUCACUCCGUCUUUCGCAUAAGAAAUUCUUAAAAAACGACCAGGACCAGCCUUACCAUUGAAGCGUUCAACUCAUUUCGUGCGGUAUUCAAUAACGUUCGCAUCGUUUUCGUGGACGAAUGCAGUAUGUUCGGUGUCGCUCUCCGCAGCCAAUAAACUCAGGUUUACAGCAUAUACUACAAGAUUACGAGCAUCCGUUUGCGGAAAUGGAUAUAGUAUUAUCUAAAGCCGCAUCUAGAAAUUUUUUUCGAGAGGGGUCCAAAACAUGUAUAUUGUAAUUUUAUUGAAUUAAGAUUUU